CGAGCCUUCAUGAAAAUGUGCAAGCAGGACCCGAGCGUUCUGCACACUGAGGAAAUGCGCUUCCUGAGGGAGUGGGUGGAGAGCAUGGGGGGUAAAAUACCACCUGCUACUCAUAAAAGUAAACUGGAAGAAAAUACCAAGGAAGAAAAAACAGUUAAGAAGGCGGAGGAAAACAUAAAGACAGAUGAACCAUCAAGUGAGGAAAGUGAUCUAGAAAUUGACAAUGAAGGUGUGACUGACCCAGACACUGAUGCCCCUCAAGAAAUGGGAGCUGAAAGUGUAGAGAUAACUGAGGAGAUGCUGGAUCAGGCAAAUGAUAAAAAAGUAGCUGCCACUGAUGCCCUAAAUGAGGGUGAACGACAGAAAGCCAUUGACUUGUUCACAGAUGCCAUCAAGCUGAAUCCUCGUUUGGCCGUUCUGUAUGGCAAAAGAGCAAGUGUCUUCAUCAAAUUACAGAAGCCAAAUGCUGCCAUCCGAGACUGUGACAGAGCUAUUGAAAUAAAUCCUGAUUCUGCUCAGCCAGACAAGUGGCGAGGGAAAGCACACAGACUUUUGGGCCAUUGGGAAGAAGCUGCCCAUGAUCUAGCCCUUGCCUGUAAGCUGGAUUAUGAUGAAGAUGCUAGUGCAAUGCUGAAAGAAGUUCAACCAAGGGCCCAGGAAAUUGCUGAACAUCAGAGAAAGUAUGAGCAAAAACGUGAAGAGCGAGAGAUCAAAGGAAGAACAGAAAGGGUCAAGAUGGCUCGGGAAGAACAUGAGAGCGCCCAGAGGGAGGAAGAAGCCAGAUGA